GGCGCGCUUGCGCACUGCUUCUCCAUGUGGGCUCCGGCAGUCAGCGGGCCCGGCUGAGCAGUGGCGCCGAGAACCCCUCGGCAGCAGGACCCUGACACCAGCUCAGCAGCCUCCGCCGUCCUGCUGUUGCCCUCCUCUCUCGGUCUUUUCUCCCAGCGCACAUCGCCAUGGGCAAGAGCCGGACGAAGCGCUUCAAGCGGCCUCAGUUCUCUCCUACGGGCGACUGUCAGGCCGAGGCGGCGGCGAACGGGACUGAGGGAGAGGAGGACGACGGGCCGGCGGCGGAGCUGCUAGAAAAGCUCCAGCACCCGAGCGCCGAGGUCCGCGAGUGCGCCUGCGCGGGGUUGGCCCGGCUGGUGCAGCAGCGGCCUGCGUUGCCGGGCCUGGCGCGUCGGGACGCCGUGCGCCGCCUCGGGCCGCUGCUGCUGGACCCCAGCCUGGCGGUGAGGGAGACGGCGGCCGGCGCGCUGAGAAAUCUCAGUGCUUGUGGAGGUUUCGAAGUUUGUGAUGACAUGGUGACUAAGGAUAUCAUGACUCCUCUGGUCGCACUGCUGAAAGAGUGUAGUGCCGGACUGGAUUCAAAUGAGAUGUCUCCACAGGAAAAAAAAGAUCAGAACAGAAAUUCUAUUGAGAACAUAGUCAAUGAGGCCAUGAAUGUGCUGUGGAAUAUAUGUGAAUGCAGUAGUAGAGCAGUAUCUAUAUUCAACAAAGAAGGGUGUUUGGAGAUUGUAUUAAAGUAUUUAAGUAGGUUUUCCACCAAUGUUGACCUGGCUAUUUCAGUAGCAUAUUGUUUGCAGACAGUGACUGAAGAUAACCCAGAGCUACUGAACUCUUUCACUGCCCCAGCAUUGCAUGUACUGGAGUCAGCAAUGCUUUCUCCUGUCAGUUCCAUGGACUACAUUCUGUUAAAGACAUUGGUGGCAGGAACAGUUUGGAACCUAAAAGACAUUAUUCCAUCCAAGAGUCAGGCAGAAAUCAUAAAUGCCAUACUGAAGAUCUUAUCGGAAGUGUUGGAAGUGGAUGCUGGUGAAAUAGUUAUUCAAAUGAAGGAGGCCGAAACUCAAAGGUUAAAAGCGGCAGCAGAGACGGAGGAGAUACGAGAGAAUGCCAAUGGUGACCAUCUGAUUGAAGACGAUGAAAUGGAAGAAAUUCCUCAUAAAAGAAAAGUCAGAAGGAAAACUUUCAUUUCAGAUUUACUUCCACCCACUGACAAGGAACUGAGAGAAGCCAUAGCAUUGUUGACAGCUCAGCAGACUGCUCUGGAAAUUAUCGUCAACAUGUGCUGCAGUGAAGAUCCCUCCGACGAUGAGUGGGAAGAGCUUUCUAGCAGCGAUGAGAGUGAUGCAUUUAUGGAGAAUUCCUUCAGCGAGUGUGGUGGCCAGUUGCUCUCUCCCCUCUGCCUCUCCCAUGAGGUUCACACUGCUUUCACCAACUACCUCAUCCCAAAGAAGAUUUUUGAGAAAACUGCCUUUCCAAACAGCAUUGCAGUUGACCUAUGUUCUAGAAGUCCCACUUGGAAAUCUUUGGUUAGAAAGAUGAACACUAUUCAGUGCAGAGCCCUCGUGUGUCUCCAGAGUCUCGUAUCCCUCCUGGAUGUGGACCAUCUGGGGGGAGCCGCAGCUCUUCAGACACUUGCACAACAUCUGUCACAGCUGCUUUUUUCACAGCCAGAUUUUGCUAAGCAUGUUGACUUUCUAGAAGCCAUAAGUAGUGCCUUGAGGGCCCUUUUGCAAACAAUGGCCUCCAAGAACAUUUCUCAGUGCAUGACUCCCGAUCAGCUGAUGACAUUGUGCACAGCCGGCAUUCAUAGUAGUAAUACAGGGGUGAGAGUAAACGUUGUUAGUAUUUUAGGAAUCACUGGCAGCGUCCUUGCCAAAGAAGAUGGAACACUGGAAACUCUUAAGACCAUCGGGUGCUUUCUGCUUGAGGUUGCCACUAAAGAUCCCUCCCUCGUGGUGGCAGGGGAAGCCUUGGAUGCCCUCUUCGAUGUUUUUGCAGAUGGGCAAGAAGCUGAAAGGGCCUCAAUUCAAAUUAAACUGUUGUCUGCUCUGAAAGAAUUCCAGCCAGUCUUCAAAACGAAGAUACGAAAAGAAGGGAGAGGUAAAUACAGUCCAGAUCAGCUGUGUGUUCUCGACAAUGUGAAGAUGAAUUUGAGAAGGUUUGUCGCUUACCAAGAAACUGUUGAGAAAAGACUGACUACUUGAACUACUGAAAGACCAGUUCUUGCCCCAAGUGUUCAAUGCUAAAAAGUACCGAAGGGUUUCCUUUGAGUGUAUGUGUUUCUAAAAGUCAUUUUUUAAAUCCCCAUAUCCUGUACAUUAGUUUGAAGUUUGCAAAAACUUCAAAACCUGUCGGAAACUCUCUUUUGAGCUCUGGGAUCUGUGGCAUUUCUAGUUUCUGUAAGUGAUGUUUCCUGCAUGUUUUAAUCACUGGAAACACGAAGAGGGGAAGAGUAGAAACACAAAGGAAUCUCAGGUGGCUCUUCAUCAGCAGCAAAGAAACUUUCAAACAAUCAUGUUUUCCUUGAAUUUUGCAGGAAGAGAAAAUCCAAAGCAUUGCUUGGAUGCUCUUUAAAGCAAGUAUCAUUUUAUAUGUGCUGCCAGAGUGAGGAAGCCAAGUAUCAUUUUAUAUUAGAGGAAUCUUUAACUAAAUAUGAAGACAAGCUUUCAAAAAGGAUUUUGGUGUGAAGUAAAGCAAUUACAUUUACCUUUUCCGAAGAAGUGAGUGGAUUGAGUUUGUAUUCCAACUAUUUAGUAGAAUAUACUAAUGAAUUAAUGAGACCAUUGUCAUCCUCUACAAAUGGAGCUGAUCAGUUACUGCUGUGUAACAUCACUCCUUGUUUAAUUUGAUAUGGAAUCAAUUAGGAGAGAAUAUUUUUCAAUAAAUAACUUGGUAAUUGAAAA